CUCGCGGCGCCAACUUUUUCUCCGUCACCACGUGCGUCGCGAGACAAACACAUUUCGAACGGAAAGUUUCGAGUAAAAGGGAAGUUAUUUCUAACGAAAAAAAUUCUAAUGUAUGUUUAAUUAUGAUGAACGAUAGUUUUUUUCAUUCAAUUCAUUUUUACUUGGAAAAGUUGAAUUUAUAAAAAAGAGUGAAAAAAGUUUAAAGUUGUUUCCUAUGCAGAUAUGAUUUUUCAUAAUUUAUGAAACUCAUAUGUUCUGAGAAUUGACUGAAAUAUUGUGUGGCUAAUGAAAACAAGUAUUGUGGGUCACAUAAAUUUUUCAUCUACUUUUAUGACUUGUGAUCAUUGGAAUAAUGUGGAGAUAUCAACGGCUAAUAGUUUAUUGAUGUCAUGACUCUGUUAUUGCCAUAAGAGUUUAGUAUUGAAAUUUAUUUCACUCACAAAAUUCAGUCUCAAUGAAACAAAAGAAAUAUUUACUACAAUUAAUUUAAUUUAAAACACUGUUCAUUAGAUAAUUAAUGUGCAAAAUUUAAACGUUGAUUGAUGAUCAUCUUGCAGUUUCUAUCAUUUGAUAAACGGUUAGACAAUUAAUGAGCUGUGAAGAAGUUUAUUCGAACUUACAGUUUGCAUUGGAUAGCAAGUUAAUUGUUCGAAUGCACCUGGGUUUGUUGUUUAGAGAACAAUUAUUGUCUAGUAAUGAUGCUGUAAACAAAGCUGAAAAUAAAUUCUGUAGAAAACUAAAAUAGCAUCGAGCGCUUGCAACAAGUUGCAUUGAAAAGGUCCGGUUGUGUAAGGCUUUCUGAAAGCUUAAAUUCCAACAUAAACCCUCCGGCAUUCUCUAAUCUCAGUGGUUUGUAUUUUGUACGAGUUCACGUUAAUAAAAUUGGUCGGUUUGGACAAAUACCAGAAGAUAAGAUGGUGUUAUAUGAUUUGACGGUCAUAGAGGCAUGAUAAGGAUAAAUAGUGGUUAGUGUAAAGUUUGGGAAGGUAAUUUUGGGUCAUAGUGAAAAGUAUUAACCAGUGAAAAAACUCAGAUCGUUAUACAAGAAAAUUAUUCGUGGUUCCCAGAUCUUGUUUCGAAACGUAACCCAGCAGAGUCAUUAAAUUUAAUUGACAGUGGAAUAACAAUGUGACAGCAAUUAAGUUGUACUACCCCUCGGACAGAGGGUGUGUUUCAGUAGUGAGUCGAGGAGUAUGCCGGCCUGUUCACUUAUACAACUGUAAUCGACGGAGCGGUAAUCGAAUUGCCACUAGCAAUCUUUUUUAUCUGAAGUGAAAAGCAAAUUUCUACUGAUAGUGUGAAAUAAAAAUUAUAAAAAAAAAAUAAAAACAUGAAACAAAAAUUAUUGACGGGUUCUGAUAAAUUUUCCGCUUGCAAAAAUGACAUUUUUGAUUGAGGUGUAAACGAGUAAAGAGGUAUAAAAUUGAAGGAUCUGAAAAAUUUUUGUCGACGAAGAGAAAAAUUUAUCGAAGCGAAACCACGCGGAAGGGUAAACUAUUGUAGCCCCCGGCGAUGGAUUUGGUGAUCUUGCUACUCUUCCUACUUCUACGGCAUGAAGUAACCACACUAGAGUUGCACUCCGUAGACGUGCCACCAUAUAUCUUCAGAGGUGAAAGUGCACAUCUAGUUUGUAGGUAUAAUUUGCAAUCCGACCAACUGUACUCAGUGCUUUGGUAUAAAGAUAAUGAUGAAUUUUACAAGUACGUGAACUCGGAUCAAAGCCAACACAUUUACGAAGUGGAGGGCAUCAACGUUUAUCCUCAUAAGCCUGAUAGUCAGAAGGUGAUACUACAGCAAGUAACUUUGGAUGCUACAGGAGUAUAUAAAUGCGAAGUUAGCGCUGAAGCUCCGCAAUUUGCUACAGCUCAUGGGCAAGCCUACAUGGAAGUUAUUGCUCCUCCAACUGAGGGCCCGACUAUCACAGGCGUGGAAAAUAUAUAUGCUACUGGUGAUAUUCUGGCUCUUAAUUGCACAAGUGGAAAAUCUUAUCCAGCAGCACAAAUCACGUGGUUUAUUAACGAUAUCAAGGUGAAAGCAGACUCUGAAAUGAUCAUCCGCCAUCGUGAUCUCUUAUCAACUGUAUCAAGUUUGCGACUUGAAGUGGGUCCACAUCAUUUAACUGUUGGAAGGAUUAACGUGAGAUGUGUAUCAAUAGUUAGAACGAGUGAACGAGCUACUGAACGUUUUGAGGACUUAAGAGAAACCAAUAUUUUAGUUCAAGGACGUACAAGUUUCAUCGGACCCUGUCUUCCACUCCUGAUAGCAAUGAUGAUACUACAUCAAACACUUGUGAUGAAUUGAAUCCUGAUGAAUAAAACAAAGGGUUCCAUUCUGUGUUCCAGGAGCCUUAACAAAGACAACGAAGGCUGUGAAGAUAGAGAAAGCAUGUGUAAAAAAUUGAAGGAGUGAUUACGACAUAUAUAUGGGAGAAUGUUUCGUGACCAAAGACAAUCAUGUUCCAAUAAUGAAAAAUUGUGAAAAAUUACUGAGGGAGUCAUUAAGAAAUUAAUUAUAAUCGUUAUUGUACAGAUGAGAAUGUAUGAUGCGUUUGAGUUAUUAAAGAUCAGCGAUUUUCCUCUAAGUUUCCACUUAUAUAUCUUUCACGUUGUUCUUUUAACGAUACAUAUAUAUUUACACACACACGUCCGGUUUUAUUACACUCGAGACGUAAAUCGAGUAAUAAAUUGUUAUGAGCACAAUACUACUAUUAUUUCAACAGCUUAAUGAAUAUUUACAAAGAUAGGAGAUACAGUGGAGUUCAACAUUGGAGGAUCUUUUCAAGAAAAUGGAAAUUUUUCAUCAUUAUUACUUUUAUUUCUGCUCCAUAAUCGUAUUUUAAUGAACCAGGAUACCAACUACAAGUAAUUGUCCAAUUUUGUUCUUAUUAUUUUCAACAAUACAAGACUUUAAUAACAAAAAAUGUAAUUACCUUCGAAUUUCUUUGGUUAUUUUACCAAAAUUAUUAUUUUUUCUGUUUAAAAAACGACUGCUGAUAAGAUCACAAAUAAAAUUUGUAUCCCUCAGUUACAUGUCAGAUGCUCUACUGUUUGGGCUUUCCCAUGCUUCUCUUUUUUUUCAUUUACACAUUUUACUAUGUGAUAAUUUUACAAAAGAGAUCAAUACUUUGUAAAGUCAAUAAUGAAACUAAAUUGAGAGGUAGAAAUUAAUGUUAGUUGUGUACAUAAAUUUUCUAAAAAAUAUUUUUCAAAAUUUUAUUCUUUUAAACUGAAUCAGUAGAAACAACUGUGAAUGAACGAUUGAACUGGUGCUGACAAUCAGUAAAUAGUUAGUGAUUUGAAUCAGGGGUGAUCACAGUGGUUUUUACUGAUUUAAUUUGAGAGAGUAGAAACAUUUGUUCGGUCAAAAUCCAUUGGGAAUGAUUUUGUGUGUUUUUUUCAGAAUUUAUACACAAUAAACAAAUAGUAAAAAUUGAUAAUUAAAAUCUAAAUCAACAUUUUCUACAGUGGAGAUUAUCAUCCCAAAGAUGUUUCCUGGCUCAUAAACAAAUGGUAGGGGGCUGGAGGUAAAAUAAAGAAUGUUACACUUAAUAAAAAAUAGAGCUAAUAAUGAUAAUACGUAUUAUUUAUGUGUAUUCUAACUAUUCCAACCAGAAAUUGUUGAAAUUAUAAAAGCUUUCGAAAAAAUUAUAUCUUCCCCAGGUAGAAAUAUAUCUAGUAUAAACUACUCUGAGAAUUUUUUUUUUACAUUUUACUAAGUGUCCCAGUAAAAUUUACUAGGCUGCUCAGUAAAAUGUAAAAAAAUUUUUCUCAGUGACGCAACUAGGUAGGUUUUUUAUAGUUUUAUCAGUCAAGUAUUGCAGAAUUGAACAAGCUUGAGCUAGCAAUUGCCAUCAGAUAAAAAUUUUUGGAUGUUUGAGUAAUUAAAGAUUCUACUAAUUAAAUGAUCAAUACAUACUCUUUCAUAAUUG